AUGGCCUCAAUUGCUCGCUGCCUCCGGAUCGCUCGUCCUUCCGCCGUUUCUGCUUUCGCCCAGAGCUCCGUCCGCAUUGCGCGUCCCUUCUCCGUUACUGCCAACAAUGAAGUAAGGAAGUACACCCGCGAGCACGAGUGGAUCGAGCUCUCCGACGACAAGAAGACCGGUUACGUCGGCAUCAGCUCCUACGCCGCCAAGGCCCUCGGCGACGUCGUCUUCGUCGAGCUCCCCGAGGAGGGCAAGGAGGUCCAGGCCGGUGAUGCCCUUGGUGCCGUCGAGUCCGUCAAGUCUGCCGCCGACAUCAACGCUCCCAUCAGCUGCAAGGUCGUCGCCAGCAACAUGACCCUCGAGGAGAGCCCCUCCACGAUCAACAAGGUUCCCGAGGACCACUCUGCCAGCGGCGGUUGGGUCGCCAAGGUCCAGCUUAGCGAGAAGGGCGUUGCCGAUUUCGAGAAGCUUAUGGACGAGGAGGCCUACAAGGAGUUCACUGCCGCCGAGGACCACUAA